GGCAGUGGUUGGUAGCAAUGGAAUAUCUACAAACGUUUCCCCCACAAAUUUUAGAAAUGAAAGAGAAACGGGUUGUUGUGUUGUGAACAAGUUGACAGGUGUUUAUGGCAUAUAUCGACAGUAUUUAUGUAUUGUAGUAGGUUGUUGUAGAUAUUUAGGCCUUUGAAUGAAUGCGGUGGAGAUGUUGGAAUCCUAAUGACAAGACUGCCGUGGCGUGAUUGGGAAAAAGUGUAUGUACAUGUCUCCAUCUGAAUGAGAGCCAAUAUGAUAGAAAUCACGGCAAAACUCGUUCGAGGACCCGUGUAUUUCUCCGGGGAGAUCGUAGAAUGUUUGGUCACGUUCACUAAUCCUCCGAAUCCAAACCAUCAAAUAUCGCAGAGCCACAGCGAUUUGUUUGAGAGUCUCGCGUGGGCGAGCGCACAGGUCCAUUGUCAGUGUACAACUAACAGCAAAAUUGUCCUUUUGGAGAAGAUAAAUACUGCAGCUCGCUCAGUGGCGAUUAACGCAAACACCACUUUUGCACCGUGGCAACAAGACAAUGGACACGUAGUACUGAACACAAAGCCAAAAAUUUUGUGCUGUGACCUGAGACUGUCACCUGGGGAAAGUAAGACCUAUAUUUAUCGUGAAACAAUACCGAGCGACGCUCCGCCCUCCUACAGAGGACAAGCUGUGAAAUACUCUUACAAGAUCACCAUUGGAACGCAAAGAGUGAACACAGUUAUAAAACUGCUGCGAGUACCAUUUAGAGUUCUCUCUUUGAGUGAAUUGCCCGAGAUAACAGCGUGUAACGACAGCGUAGAUCUGAGUCCGAACAAUCCGUUUAUGGAGACGCAGAACAGGGAAACUCCGCUUGAUAUCGCUCUACAAACGCUGCAGAACUUGACAGCCAGACGCAGCCCAAACUUUUACAACGUGACUAACGGCCGCGGGCGCGUGGUGCGGUUCUGCCUCUUCAAGAAUUCCUACAAGCUCGGCGAGGACAUUGUUGGUACCUUCGACUUCUCGAACGCGACCGUGUCCUGCGUUCAAGUGUCCGUGUCCCUGCAGUCGGAGGAACACGUGUCCGAGGAGUACAAGCGAGGCAAGAGCGCCACGCCGACGCUUAUCAGCUACAAUAAGCAUCACGAGAUGUGUCUCGGUCUCACGUAUUCGCAUCUGGUACUACCGAUACCCUUGCACGUCACGCCGGACUUUACUACCGACUUGGUGACGCUCAAGUGGCGAUUGCAUUUCGAGUUCGUCACGACGCCGAAAUUGAUGGACAUGCCGAGCGAGAACACCAUAAGCUGGCACGGUCCGUCGACUCUGGAUGUCGAAACGAUGAUCUGGGAUCUUCCACUGCACAUCCAUCCGACCACCACUCCGCCGAACAUGGCGCAACAGACGAAAUACAACACCGUCAUAUAGGUAACAUAGCGCGUGUUACCUGUCCGGUGCACGUAAAAGAAGCGAAUCAUCGCUGCUUCCAACGCAGCCAACAGAUUACAAUAUAAUUAGACUUGCAGUAUUUGUGCGUUUCGUGACUUUCGUAAGGUUGGUACGUGAUCAUUGUUAUUAUUUCACGAUAGUUUAGAAAACAGUUUUUAUUCUGUACGAUAAUUUAUUACACGAGAAAGAUAUAUUUUCAUACAUUUAUGUACAUAAAUAAAAAAAAGUGUUACGUAAUAAAGGAGAAAAAACGUUAGAAUAAUUUGAGCACUUUUAUAACUAAGAUAAAUUUUAUAAUAGCGCCUUUAUCGGCAUUUGCUCCUGCUCGGAGCGAUGGUCUCUCCGCAGACUAAUGACUUUGCAGAAGUGAUAUAAUAUACUAUUACAGCGACGAAGAAAAAUAAACAGGCUACUUUAAUCUUUAUAAA